UCAAUCACAAAGCAACAUGGCAAUAAGAUAGUCUGCCCCAGGUUCACGGAAAUGUUGCUGGCCACCCUGUCUUUCCCUACCAAACUCUCUGCCUCGUCAUAUUAAACGAUAUUACACACGAAGUUACCCAUUACGAGAAUAUUUUCAUAUUGAUUACCGGUACUGCAAUAAACUUGAAGGCGAACUUCUGCCACGAAGUCUGCCCACUGCGGGCAACCGUGUCCAUUGAACUCGCUUCACCAUGUCUACGGAUUAUACCUACGAUGAACAGGGUCAAUUCUUCCCGUACUUCGUCCUGACCCUGACUGGUCUCGUCACCUUUCCUCUGACAUACAAUCUCUUGAAACCGCCCAAAGACCUAGAAAAUACCGCUCCCCGGAUACGGUCCGACUUCAAGCCUGAACAUGAAGACCUCAUUGAGGCUCAGAAGCGGAAACGCCUCCGCAAGGAGCGCCGCAUCAAGCGCAUAGUCACAGUUGUCUUGGGAUACGCUAUUAUGGCAUACAUGGCUUAUUUGAUUGUGAUUACCGCGCGGGCGUCGCCGAAGAUUUGGGAUCCCUAUGACAUUCUCGGUGUGUCAAGGAGCGCCAAUGAAAGGGCAAUUACCAAACACUACAAGCGUCUCUCACUUCUCUACCACCCCGACAAGAUCCGUCCCGACCCAGCGAAGAAUGAAACCAUCGAACUGCUCAAUGAACGCUUUGUGGAACUCACCAAGGCAUACAAAGCCCUGACUGAUGAAGAAGUUCGCAACAACUACCUCCAGUAUGGUCAUCCCGAUGGCAAACAGAGCUUCAGCAUCGGUAUCGCUCUUCCGCAGUUUAUUGUCACCGAAGGGAAUGGUAAAUAUGUUCUUCUCGUCUAUGGUGGCUUGCUCGGUGUACUGCUUCCGUACAUUGUCGGAAAAUGGUGGUAUGGUUCCCAACGAUACACUAAGGAAAGAGUCUACGUCGCUAGCGCGGGUAACAUCUUCCGAGAAUACAAAGAUGACAUCACGGAUGGUGGAAUCGUCAACGCCCUUUCCUCUGGCGAUGAAUUCAAGGAAGCCAUCCCAGCUCAAAAAGCAGAGACGGGUCUGGCAAAGCUUGAACAAAAGGUACUAGCUGACGAUAACAAAUUCUUGACUGACCAGGAACGGGAAGCCAUUAAAGGCAUGGACGACUUGAGCAGAAGAAAGGCUUUGGCCUUGUUGUGGGCUUAUUUGGGCCGUGUUGAGUUGGACGACCCCAUCCUAAAUGGAGAAAAGUACGAAGUCGCGCCAAUCGCUCUGUCUUUAAAUGAAGCCUUCACUGCCGUUUCUCUUGCCUUUGGAAAUCUUCGUCCUCUUCUCGGUUCCUUCCGCACGUCUCAGAAUCUGAUCCAAGCUGUUGCGCCGGGCUCGUCACCUCUGUUACAACUCCCUCACUUCACAGACAAAGUUGUACGAUCAAUAGAAGGUGAAGAUGUCAAAAACCAUUUCAGUGUCCAAAAAUUCAUGGACAUGCCUGAGGAGAAGCGCCGCUCUCUCACAGUCGGUGCUGGUCUUCUUUCCGAACAACAGUAUACCACUGCCAUUACUGUCGCCAAACAACUUCCCGUUCUCAAGAUUUCCAAGGCGUGGUUUAAGGUUAUGGGCGAGAAAGUGAUCACCCCUAGCAGUCUGGUCCAGCUUGUUGUGAAGGCACGAUUUAUUCCGCCUGGGUCCAAGGACGUCCCUGAACCAGACCCCGCCGAUCUCGAGGACAUCGAUCCCGAGGAGGGCGAUCUCGACGCGCUCAUGGGCCGCGGGCCCUCUAGAAACCGAUCAGUUAAGUUUGCAGACGGCCAAAACAACGUCAACAAGAAGGUCCAACCGCCUCUUGCCCACGCGCCAUACCUUGCUCUCGACCACUCUCCGCGGUGGCAGAUCUUCCUUGUCGAUGGCAAACAGGGCAAGAUCGCUGUGCCCCCGUUCACAUUUACUACCUUUGAAAAGCCUAUGCUGGACGAGGCCGGCAACCCCACGUAUAACGUCCAGACCCUCCGGAUGCAGUUUCAAGCGCCUCCUCAGGUUGGAGACUUCCACUUCGUCAUGCACAUGGUUUGCGACAGCUACAUUGGCUUAGAUUCCAAGCUUGACAUCACCCUUCACAUCGAUGAUCCGGCCAAAGCAGCCGCUUUGGAGGAGGAAGACGAUAUUAGUGAACCCGAUGAGGACUCAAUAGCUGGACAAAUGCAGGCACUGAAGACCGGCCAGCCGCCAAAGAAGAAAGCCAAGAAACCUGCAGAUGACUCAAGCGACGAAGAGAGUGACACUGAAGGCGAUGAAGGAGAUACUAGCGAUACCAAUACCGAAACCGAUGUUGACGACUAAAUAAGACAAAAGGCCUGUCCAGAGUUUUCAUUGGACGAUUGAAUGCAAAUAAUGCAAAUAAGAAUAGGGCAAACAAAAGCGUUAGAGAAUACCCCUGAAGACAUAUUUGGUAUUUAACGCCUCCGGUCGCAUAGCUCCCUCCCGUCUGCAUCAGUCUCAACGGGAUUAAUUGAGCUAUAUUGUGGAAGUUCUUAACAUUUCUUUACAUUACAUGCAUGUAUUAUCCCGGGAAAUCUACGUUUUCAGUCCAUAGUGGUAGACCCUAAGUCCCUCUAUACGA